AUGGCCUCAGCUAUAUUUAUCAAGAAGUUGAGGGAGGAAGCUACCUGCUCCAUCUGUCUGGAGCUGAUGACUGAGCCCGUGAGCAUCAACUGUGGGCACAGCUACUGCCACCAGUGCAUUGUGGGUUUUACUGGGAACCAAAGUGCUGAUACAUCAUCUCCAGGGACAUUUCACUGUCCCCAGUGUCGUAAACCUUUUCAAAGUGGUAGUCUCCGGCCCAACAAGCAACUGAGAGGUAUGAUUGAAACUUUUAAGGAAAUGAAUCAGAGCAUGUGUAAUGAACAUGGAGAGCAGCUCCAUCUGUUCUGUGAAAAUGAUGGUCAGCUCCUCUGCUGGUGCUGUGAGCGGUCACCACAGCACAAAGGACACUUCACUGCUACUGUUGAAGAUGCAUGCCCAGGUUACCGGGAAAAGCUCCAGAAAGCAGUCACAAAACUGAAAUUCACAGAAUCCAUAUAUAUGCAGCUGAAGCUUGAUACAACUCAGAAAAUAAGUAGUUGGGAGUUGCCCUUAGUUCCUAGCACACCAAAAGCAGGGUCCCAAGGAGGGACUGAAUGGACCCAGGACAAAUUGUGAGCAACCCUGGCAUCGAAAUGG